AUCCUAUAUAAAAGAACAGUAGUAUCAAAGAACAAUUCAAAACACAGUAACUAACUUACAGUGAAUAACUGUACAUCCUGUGCUUCAAGAUGAAGAAAGCAGAAGUGGUGUUUAUCCCUCUCCCCGUUCCGAGUCAUAUUGUUUCCACUCUCGAGUUCGCGAAUCUUCUAAUCAACCGCGAAAAUCGUCUCCGAAUAACAAUCCUUCUCAUGAAACUCCCACACUCCUCAGAAACAGAUGUCUACACUAAAUCCCUUCCAAUCACCGACUCACUCAACAUUAUCAACCUUCCAGAAUGUUCUCUUCCUCCAAACACCGCUCCACCUUCCGCCAUGAAUGCUCUCAUAGAAGCUCAGAAACCAAACGUCAAACAAGCCGUCGCUAACCUCACUGCCGAAAGAGGAGAAACCGGAGUCCUCGCCGCCUUCGUUGUUGACAUGUUCUGCACCAAUAUGAUUGAUGUUGCCAAAGAAUUUUCAGUUCCGACGCUCGUUUUCUUCACUUCUGGCGCUGCUUCCCUUGGUUUGAAUAUUCAUCUUCACACUCUCCGUGAACGAGACAUCGUCGAUGUGAAUCGGUUGCAGGAACUCACUGAGUUGGAGAUUCCGAGUUUCGAAAACUCGGUUCCUUUAUACUCGUUUCCCGAUUUUGUGGUAAGCAAGAAAUGGGAAGCGUUUUUCAUGGACUACUAUGUAAGAGGACUCAAGAAAGCUGAUGGUAUUAUAGUAAAUUCAUUUGAAGAGCUAGAAUCCUAUGCGGUUCACUCGUUUGCAUCUCAUCCUGAUCUAGCUAGUUUAACAACUAUAUAUCCAGUGGGACCCAUAUUAACCCUUGAGUCCAUAUCUGUGGAUUCAAAUGAUAUCAUCAAGUGGCUUGACGAUCAACCUCUUUCAUCGGUAGUUUUUAUUUGUUUUGGGACUAGGGGUUCUUUUGACGAGGAUCAGGUUAACGAGAUUGCACAUGCUAUUGAGAAAAGUGAGGCUCGCUUUGUAUGGUCUCUGCGUAAACCUCAACCGAAGGGUGACAUGGCAAUGCCCUCAGACUAUUCUAUUUCAGAUUUGGUUAAGCUUUUACCAGAAGGAUUUUUAGAUCGAACGAAGGAGAUUGGAAGGGUAGUAGGGUGGGCUCCGCAGACUCAAAUACUAGCCCACCCAGCUACGGGAGGAUUUGUUUCGCACUGUGGCUGGAAUUCUAUACUCGAGAGUGUAUAUUUUGGUGUACCCAUUGCCACAUGGCCACUUUUUGCUGAACAACAAACUAAUGCUUUUCAAUUGGUGCGUGAGUUGAAGAUGGCUGUGGAGAUUGCAUUAGAUUAUAAAGUGGAGUUAAUGGGUGGACCUAACUAUCUUUUAACUGCUGACAAGAUUGAAAAAGGAAUAAGAAAUGUGUUGGAUAUUGAUGGAGAGUUCAGAAAGAAAGUGAAAGAGAUGAGUGAGAAAAGUAGGAAGACAAUGUUAGAAGGUGGAUCUUCUUACACUUAUUUAGGUCGUUUGAUUGAUUAUAUUGUGAAUCAAAUAUGAAAUCAAAUUAUUCUUGUACCCACUUUCAAAAAAGAUCAAAGAUGUCGACAUUUAAUAUCUUAACAAUGUCAUAAAUAAGAUUUUAUUCAGAAUGUGAGAAUUCAUAAAAAAAAAUCAUGGUAAUGGUUUAAUAUUCAA